AUAUUGGCGGGAAAGAAGAUGAGUCAACCCGUGGCAUCAUCCAAAUCCGAAACUGCCACUCUUCCCCCGCCUUUUCACACCAUACCCAAUGUACCCAACUUUCGCGAUAUAGGUGGCUGGCGUAUCUGUCCACCUCAAUCAACAGGCUCUUUUCUCGUCCGCAAAUCCCUAGUCUUUCGUGGCGCCGACCCUACACGCAUCGCACCCUCUGGCAUCGCCAAGCUUCUCGACUUAGGCAUCGCAAAGGACUACGAUCUACGUAGUCCUACUCAGAUAGCUAGGCUAGGAGGAGAAAAAGGCAUGCAUGGAAUUGAAAGAGUGUCUGUGCCGCUGUUCGAAGGAGAGGAUGGUGAAGAUGAGGAAGUGGCGACGAAAAGGAGGUAUGAAUUAUAUGCUGCAGAGGGUACCGAUGGAAUCGUGGAAGCUUUCAUCGCCAUACUCCUUUCUUCUGCUGCGGCGUUUCGCGCUAUCCUGCUUCCCUUCCUCAAUCAACCCACUCCACCAGCUCGGCACGCGGCGAUCUUUUUGCACUGUACGACAGGGAAUAAUCGUACUGGCGCAUUGAUCGCGAUUUUUCUCGCACUUCUGCAUGUCCCUUACCGUAUCAUCGCGGAGGAGUACGCGUUAUCGGAUCCUGGGAUGGCACAAACGCGGCACAUCAAUGUCAACCGGCUUUUAGCGAAGGGGGCAUUCGCGGGUUUUGAUGAAGCGGAAAGAAGGAGGAAGUGUGAGAGAAUGUUGACCGCAAGAAAAGAAAGUGUAGUCGCGUUGUUAAAGGAGGUAGAGAGGAGAUGGGGUGGCGCAGAAGGGUUCUUCAGGGAGGUUGUUGAGUUCAGUGAAACAGAAAUUGAAGGGAUUAGGAAGUGUUUCACGAUGCAAGAGAUGGCAGAUUAUGAGUUGAGGUGA